CAUCCGUCUCCUCCUCCAUCGUCGCCAUGAGGUAAACACUGCUGCUGUGCUUCCUCGCUUUUCCUCAGGAGAGUGGGGCCGGCUUAGGAGAAUUCCCUCAGAGAGAGAGCAGAGGCCUCUUUCUCCUCCUCAGCCUCUCACGGGGGACGGAAACGGGUCAAACCACAGCGAAGGCGAGGCCGUCGUCAUUGAAUCGCCCCUUUUUACCUCCCAUCACUGUCUCCACACACAACCAGGCCUUGAGGGGUUUGUAGGGGAAAGGCACAGAGUUAAUUCAAAAUGCCCAACUCUAAAAGGAAAUCUCGGCAGAGACAUAAAGUUGGCCAAGAAACUGGAAGGCGUGAAUUAGUCUCCAGAUCACUACAAAGUGCUCAGCAUUGUAUGGAGAAUCAAGAUUUUGGAACUGCAUAUGCUCACUAUCUCUUGGUAUUAAAUCUGGCUCCUGAACUUAAAAAUGAGGUCAAGGAAACAUUUCAGUUUGCCCUUUUUAAAUGGGCAGAAGAACUGGAUUCUCUGGCUCGUGUUAAAGAUUUAUUUGCUUGCUAUGAGCAUGCCCUGGAAUUGUUUCCCAAUGAUGAAGUCAUAUGCAACAGCAUGGGGGAGCAUCUCUUCAGAAUGGGUUUUCGAGACGAAGCAGCUGCAUAUUUCUAUAAAGCCGUGAAAUUAAACCCAGAAUUUCCAGAUGCAAAGGAGAAUUUUUACCGUGUUGCCAACUGGGUGGUAGAACGAUGGCACUUCAUUAUGCUCAAUGACUCCAACAGGAAUUUGCUUUAUCAAAGUGCAAUCCAGAAGGCAGUCCAUUCUGGAUGCAGAAGUGUUCUUGAUAUUGGGACAGGAACAGGAAUUCUCAGCAUGUUUGCUAAAAAAGCUGGAGCAUCUUCUGUCUAUGCUUGUGAAUUGUCGAAGACCAUGUAUGAAUUGGCUUGUGAAGUGUUAACUGCAAAUGGUUUCAAUGGACAAAUCAAACUUCUUCACAUGAAAUCCCAGGAUAUUGAAAUUCCAACACAUAUGCCGGAAAGAGUUUCUCUGGUUAUCACUGAAACAGUAGAUUCUGGUUUAUUUGGAGAAGGAAUUGUGGAAAGCUUGAUCCAUGCUUGGGAGUAUUUGCUUUUACCACCAAAGCCUAUGGAUUGCAGAGGUGAUUCUGAAAAAUAUGGUAAAGUUAUACCAGCAGGAGCUACUAUAUGGGGCAUGGCAGUGGAAUGCAAAGAGAUCCGGAGACAUCAUAGUGUGGACAUAAAAGAAAUUGCUGGAGUCUUCUUGCCAGAAACAUUAUUCUUCCACAGUCCAACAUAUACAUCUCUAGGCUCAGAUGAAACCCUUGAACCUUACACCACGGAAAAACUCAGCAGAGUUCCUGGUGGCUAUAAGGCCCUCACAAAACAUUUCCAAGUUUUGACGGUCAACUUUAACGAUCUGCAGGAGCUGAAAAGCUUUGCCAUUAGGAAACCAACCAAGAUCCACGUGCCUGUGAUUGAAAGAGGAAUCUUAGAUGCCAUUGUGGUCUGGUUUACGCUGCAACUUGAUGAUGAACACAUGCUUUCUACAAGUCCAAAGGAUGAAACCUGUUGGGAACAGGCUGUUUACCCGGUCCAAGGUCUCCUUGAUUACUCCGUGAAAUGUGGAGAUUCUGUUACAAUGGAGGUAUCAUGCCAGGACUGUUAUGUAAGGCUCCAAAAGAUUUCUCUUGUGACUUCUGAGGAUGAGAUGGAUACUGAGAGGAACUUGAGGGAAAAGAACAGCGAGGCUGAGCUAUGCAGUGCUCUGGCCAGCCUUCAGACAGAAAGUGCACUGGAAAAACCGUGGCUGGAAUGCAAGCUGGAAUCUACUGAGAUUGCUUUACUAAACAAUCUGUCGUAUCACGAAUGUUUUAAAGCUGCCAUAGGCAAAGUGCUGUCGUCAUUAAGUAUGUCAGAACAGUCUUCCUCUAUGGAUGUGGACAGUCAAAAUGAUGAAAUGUAUCUUGGAAAAGGUCAAAACAAAAAAUCUGUGACUCCUGAUCCUCUGUAUGUGUUGGAUGUGUCGGAAGGAUUUUCAAUCUUGCCAGCAAUUGCAGGCAAAUUUGGGCCAGUGAAGACAUACAGCUCUGUUGAAAAGGAACAGCACCAAACAGCUCUCAACCUCAUUUCAGAAGCUAACAGAUUUCCUAAGGAAACAUUAGAGUUUUGGCUCAACCACUUACAAGAUGACAGUGUGGUUUUGCAGAGGCCUAAGUCUGACAAAUUAUGGAGUAUUAUAAUUUUAGAUGUCAUAGAGACAUCUGGUCUAAUUCAACAGGAUGUAAUGGAAAAGGCAGCAAUAUCCAGGUGUUUGCUUCACUCUGGAGGCAAGAUCUUCCCACAGUAUGUGAAGAUGUUUGGCAUGCUCGUGGAAUCAAAUUUGCUAAUACUUGAGACUGCAGUUCAAGGGACAGAUCUCACACUUGGUUUCAAUAUUGCACCGUUUAUCAACCAGUUCAAGGUGCCUUUCCGUGUCUUUCUGGAUCUCUCUACUCUACCACAUGUGCCUUUAAGCGAGUCAGUGGAACUUCUGCGAGUGGAUCUCAUGACCCCAUAUUUGAAUAACCCCACUAGAGAAGUGAAGGUAGCUGUUUGUAAAUCUGGUCAAGUGACUGGCAUUCCCUUCUGGUAUCAUGUGUAUCUGGAUGAAGAACAUGUUUUGGAUACGUCAAGCGAAUUCUCUCACUGGAAACAAGCUGCAGUUGUGUUAGAUAAGCCGAUUCAAGUUCACGCAGGAGAUGAGCUUGUACUCAGCGUUCAGUAUCACAACAGCAAUAUAAGCAUAACAGUAAAACAAUGAAUUGCCACCACUCAGUUGAUUUUUAAUGUUUCAGUGUAAACAGAAGCCAAAAAAUUGUUAUGUUUACAUACCUGUUAAUCCUGCCUACAGCCAGUGUUUAGUCUAUUUUGAGCUCUCAUACAAAUCAGCAUAACAUGUUUAGCAAGAACGAUGUGUAUAACUUUAAUUCAUCAAAACUAUGAAUUAAAGCACAAGAAUUAGAGAGCACUCUAUUUUCAUGGAUCACUGGCAAUAUAAACUGUGUAUGCAGAUUAAUGAUUGUUGAAAAGCCUUAUCUGCCAUUCUUUAUACUGUCUCUGGAAAACUUGUAUAAAUUACUGUAAAAGGUAAGAUUAAGGAAGGAAUUCUACUGCAUAGAAUUCAUAGUGUCAUUCUUUGAAGGUCAGCAAAGUAAUGAAUUGUCUGGGUAGUAACACUGGAGUGCUGUAUAUAUCCUAUUGAUUUUGCUUCUACUGUUCCCUGAAGAAAGGAAGAUGCUCCUUUCUAAAAAUAUUUAAGGACUAUCAGUAAACCUCGUGUCUUGUAUUCAAAAGCAAAACCCAAAGGUGAUGUCUUUGCUCAUCUCUGCCAUAACAUUGAGAUGUUUCAAGUUUUAAACCCCUUCUAUUAAAAUUUGUAAAUACA